CAUUUUCUGUGUUAGUUUCGUAAAAGUUAAAUGUUUCGUAAUGCGAAUAGAAGUCACUGUUUUAUAAUAAGAAAAAAAUAUGGCUCAUAGAUAUAUGGUGCUCGCUAAAAGAGGAGAAAGGCUCUUACAAAGUACAUUAUCCAGAGGAUGUUCAGUUUAUCAGUUAAGACGCAGCAUUAGUUUGUUCACAAAAUUGUCACGUACAAAAGGUUUCCGAGGUUUAUUGGAAGAAUUUCAACUCUGGAACAAGGAUGUACCAAAAGGAUUUGAAAAGUAUUUCAAAGAGGGCAAAUCAAAGGCUCCACCAAGAAAAGAAACAAAGGUGGAAAAUAAAGAUCCUCCUUUGCCUCAGCGUUCUUCAAGAUCCUCCAGUAAAAAGACAUCUAACAACCCGUUUCCAUUUCUAGAAUUCAAAGCCAAAUUUGAUCCAAAAAGACCUAGGACACCUGAUCAGAAUAUGUACUAUUUGAUUGGUCUAGGAGUAGGUCUGUUGAUGAUUGGAUCCUUUCUGAAUUCCUCCCGCUACAGAGAAAUAACAUGGAAAGAAUUUAUAAACAACUAUUUAUAUAGAGGCAUGGUAGAAAAACUAGAGGUCCAUGACAAAGAAUGGGUAAAGAUCAAAUUACUUCCUGGAUCACAGGUGGACCCUGGGUCUGUUUUAUGGUUCAGUAUUGGAAGUAUUGAUUCAUUUGAGAGAAACUUGGAAGCAACACAGAUAGAGAAUAAUGUAGAGCCUGCUAAUUUUGUUAAUGUUAUAUAUAAAAAUGAACCAAGCAAAGGAACAGUAUUAAAUAUUCUUUUGACCACAGUUUUACCAAUUGCAAUUUUGAUUUACAUGACAAGAGGAAUUUUGAAGAAUAUGCAGAAAGGUGGUGGUCCAGGAGGAAUGUUUGGAUUUGCCAAAUCUACAGCUAAAGUCAUUGAGAAAAAUAUUGGGGUUACUUUUGCGGAUGUUGCUGGUUGUGAAGAAGCUAAAAUAGAAAUAAUGGAGUUUGUCAACUUUCUUAAGAACCCUAACCAGUAUCUAGAAUUAGGAGCUAAGAUCCCUAAAGGAGCCAUCUUAACUGGCCCCCCAGGAACUGGUAAAACCCUGCUGGCUAAAGCUACAGCUGGGGAAGCUGGUGUACCUUUCAUUACAGUGUCAGGCUCAGAAUUCCUGGAAAUGUUUGUGGGCGUUGGUCCUUCUAGGGUCAGGGAUAUGUUUGCUAUGGCAAGGAAAAAUUCUCCAUGUAUAUUGUUUAUAGAUGAAAUAGAUGCUGUCGGUCGAAAAAGAGGAGGAAAAAGUUUUGGUGGUCACAGUGAACAAGAAAAUACAUUAAAUCAGUUAUUAGUAGAAAUGGAUGGGUUCAACACACAAGCCAAUGUUGUGAUAUUAGCAGCCACAAACAGAGUAGAUAUAUUAGAUCCAGCUUUACUGCGUCCUGGUAGAUUUGACAGACAAAUUUAUGUUCCUUCCCCAGAUAUCAAAGGGAGAGCAUCAAUAUUUAAAGUUCACUUAUCUAAUUUAAAAACCACUCUGGAUAAAAAUGAUCUGUCUAGGAAGAUGGCUGCCUUAACUCCAGGAUUUUCUGGAGCUGAUAUUGCCAAUGUUUGUAAUGAAGCAGCAUUAAUAGCAGCUAGAGAUCUACAGACCACUAUCAUACAGAAACAUUUUGAACAAGCUAUAGAAAGAGUUGUAGCAGGUUUGGAGAAAAAAACACAGGUUUUACAACCUGAAGAAAAGAAAACAGUAGCCUACCACGAAGCAGGUCAUGCUGUGGCUGGAUGGUACUUAGAACAUGCUGACCCUCUACUAAAGGUGUCCAUUAUACCCAGAGGUAAAGGUCUAGGAUAUGCACAGUAUCUACCUAAAGAACAGUUUUUAUACACAACAGAGCAGUUAUUAGACAGAAUGUGUAUGACUUUGGGAGGGAGAGCUUCGGAGGACAUAUUUUUUGGCAGAAUUACAACUGGUGCGCAAGAUGAUCUGAGAAAAGUUACACAGAAUGCCUAUUCACAGGUAGUCACUUUUGGAAUGUCUAAAGAAAUCGGUCAGUUAUCGUUUGAGAUGCCUGAGGAGAGAGGACAGAUGUCAUUUGACAAACCUUACAGUGAACAAACAGCUCAGAUGAUAGACCAGGAAGUCAGAGAAAUAGUCAAGACAGCUUAUAAACGAACAUAUGAUCUACUUACAAAAUAUAAAGAUGAUGUAGAAAAGGUGGCACUUAGACUUUUAGAGAAAGAAAAGUUAGAUAAAGAUGACAUGGUAGAAUUACUUGGAAAAAGACCGUUUGCAGAAAAAUCAACUUAUGAAGAAUUUGUAGAAGGAACAGGUUCAUUUGAAGAAGACACCACAUUACCAGAAGGCUUAAAAAGUUGGAAUAAAGAGAAACAAGCUCCUCCCCCAAAGACAGAGACUGAGCCAACACCAUCUUCUUAACUAGUCAUAAUAGUUGUGUGAUUCAUUCAUUAUAAGUGUCACAUGAUAACCAUGUGACCAUUGGAACCAGUAUUGAUUGGUUGAUCUGGGAUGACCUCAGAUGAUGCUUAACAUAAAUAAACUGCAAGAACUUGAUACAUGUCAAACAUGUUAUGUGAUGUUACAAACUCAUUUGUGAACUAUGUAUAUUUAUUCUCUGAAUUAAUGAAUUAAUGUGGAGAAUGUAACUUAUUCUUACAGAUUAUUGUCAUACUAUUGCAAUAAGAGUCUGGAAACAAUAGUUGUAAUAAGAUGAUAAAUGUUCAUCAGAAAUUAUAUUGAAAACUGUUUUUCAAGACUCGAAUCUUUCAUUUGUUAAGACAAUAGUAAAAAAAUAAAACUUUUUUUGAAAAAA